UGUCUGUUUGAAGUGUAUUUUGUGUGUGUGUGUGUGUGUGUCAAAUGCAAGUGUAAGGCAUGGAAGGACGCCUUCACUUGCUGCAGUUGCUCCUGCUGAGUUUACUGUACUCCGUGCAGUGUUUUGUGAACUCACCCAAGAUCAUCAGCAAAGAUGGCAAUCUGAUAUUCGAGUCUGGCGCCAAUCGUAACAUCACUUUUCAACUGAAGGGGAAUUCUCGUCUGAUCAUAAAUGAGGAAUACGAUGUUCUGGACCUGUUGUUGCCCAUGAAUGCCCACAAGAAGCGCCCCUCUGGCGCUUCGAAGGACGAAUGGAGUGGUCCCGAGGACUUUGUGGAUCUACGCGAUCUCGCCGAUCAGUUAACCGAGCUAAAAUCACAGACACACGGCUCCAAUGGACUGAACUCGAUGCUACGACAGCUGCAGAACAGAACUCGGGCAAGUCAAUUGCUGUUGCGACGUCUACAGUUUCGACUGCGUCAGGUGGAGAGCAAGGCGGACCGACUGAAGACGAAGCUGGAGCUGGACAGCUGUCAGAGCAGUCCCUGCGAGAAUGGAGGAACGUGCUACAAUACCUACGAUGGGUAUAGGUGUCAAUGUCGCAGCGCUUUCGAGGGCACCAAGUGUGAGAGAGAUGUGAACGAGUGUGCACUGUUUGAGGGUACGGAUCUGGGGUGUCAAAAUGGAGGGCAGUGCGUGAACCAGCUUGGUUCCUUCAGUUGCCUUUGCACGCCGGGCUGGCAUGGGAUGCACUGCAGCCAACGGAAGACGGACUGUGGUGCGGCAAGUGCCUGGGAGCUCUGUGGUCACGGCAGCUGUGUGCCCAGCAGCGAUGCUCUGGGCUAUCGUUGCAUCUGUGAGCCUGGCUGGAAAAGCAAUGCUCUAACUCCUACCUGUACCGAGGAUAUUGACGAAUGUAGCGCUGCCGCCCACACGCCCUGCUCCACCAAGUGUAUCAAUCUGCCCGGUAGCUUCACCUGCGCUCCUUGUGCCCCCGGUCUGACUGGCAACGGGGUCAGCUGUCGGGACAUCAACGAGUGUGAGACAAACAACGGCGGCUGCAGUCUGAGCCCACGGGUGGAGUGCAUCAAUAGCUAUGGUUCUAGCCACUGUGCUGACUGUCCCAUCGGCUGGACGGGAGAUGGACGCAGCUGUGUGCGCAGCAGCAGCCCCAGCCCCAGCCCCAGUGAUUCUCCGGCUGCUCAUUCGACGGCCGUUGGCUUGACCAGCUGCUCCCAGAGGGCCGCUCUCUGUCAUCCCUCGGCGAUAUGUUCGGAAAUCUCCAAUACGAUCAUCUGCAGCUGUCCCCAAGGCAUGGUGGGCAAUGGAUACGGUGAGCACGGUUGCAUUCGUGGCACCAACAACAACUGCAAUGAUCUGCCCUGUCUGAAUGGCGGCGUCUGUCUGGACACUGGACCAACGAACUACACGUGCAUGUGUCCACGUGGCUUCCGUGGACCACGCUGUGAUCCUCUGCCCGAUCCCUGCACAUCGCAGCCCUGCCAAAAUGAUGGACGCUGCAGUCCAACCCCCUCGGACGGAGGCUUCGUCUGUCAAUGUCGUCCGGGCUACUCAGGUCGCUUGUGCGAUUCGCGGUUCAGCAGCUGCAAUGGCAUGCUCGUGGGACAGACGGGACGACUGCGUUAUCCACCGGGUGGUAGCAGCUAUCAGCAUAAUGCCCAAUGUGCCUGGGUGAUUCGCACGAAUGAGAGUCAGGUGUUGAAUGUGACUUUCCAGAGCUUUAACCUGGAGGAUUCGCAAGAGUGCCGCUUUGACUGGCUGCAGAUCAACGAUGGACGGUCGGCGGCUGCCCAGAUCAUUGGUCGGUAUUGUGGUAAUCGUAUGCCACAUGGCGGCAACAUCAUCUCCUCCAGCAAUCAGCUGUACUUGUGGUUCCGCUCGGACAACUCGACAGCCCACGAGGGAUUCGAUCUAACGUGGCAGUCAAUGGAGCCGCAGUGCGGUGGACUCGUUGAAUUCGAGACUCACGGCACUUUGGCCUCGCCGGGCUCGCCGGGUAGCUAUCCGAAGAAUCGCGAUUGCCAGUGGCAUCUUGUGGCACCCAUCAACACAAGGAUAAAGCUAACAUUCUUCAGUCUGCAGCUGGAGCAGCAUGAAAGCUGUAACUUUGACUUUGUACUGAUUAGUGAUGCGCUCUCGGGCACAGAGCUUUACAAGUACUGCAGCAGUCAGCAGCCGGCACCUUUGCUUCUCUCCACCCAUGAGGCCAUCAUACGGUUCCAUUCGGAUGAGACGGGUAGCGAUUUGGGAUUCCAAUUGCACUACUCUGCCGAGGGCAAGCUGCCGGGUUGCGGAGGCGUCUAUACCACACAAAUCGGAUCCAUCCUUUCUCCCAUGUACACCUCGGAUGAUGGUCUCAUCGCCUGCGACUACGAGAUACGCCUGACCAUGGGUGACGUCAUAUCCAUUGACUUUAUGACAUUCGAAUUGGGUCCGGACUCGUGCUUGGCGCUAUACGAUGUGCCGGGAAUUGGUGAGAAUGCCAGAAGCGGCUUCUUGUCGGCCAAACAUUGUGGUAACAGUGGCACACUUCCACCCACCUUCAACUCGCUCUUCAAUCGCGUACGGAUCAAGUUCUACACGAGUCGGGCCGUCAAUGACACAAUCGAUCGAUUUGAGCUCAACUACCACGCGGAAUGCAAGCACACAUUCGAUGCCCAAAAUGGAACAAUUAUCUCAGCGGGCUACCCCGAGCAGUCGGCUUACGGUUUCUGCACCUACAAGAUCAUCACGGCACCCAAUACAAUCAUCACUCUCAAACGAAUUGACUUCCAGUUGGAGCAGGUCUCCCAGGACAGCUACGACGAGGACUAUGAAGAUACACCCAACCAGUCAAGUGACUGCGCUGGACACAACAGUCUGACCAUCAACGAUGGCCUCAACCAGGCCAUACUAGGACCCUUCUGUGAUAGCCUAACGCCGCCAGCGGAGUACGUGAGCAAGACAAAUAUGCUGAUACUACAUCUGGAUUUGACGAAUAGACCGGGUAGAGGCAUUAAGUUCGAUUAUCAAUCGAUGCCCUUAAGUGACUCGCAAUGCGGUGGCGUCUACACCAAGGAGGGUCAGACUAUACGACCGCCACUGACAUCGGUGGGUCGUUACCAUAACGAUUUGACAUGCACCUGGAUCAUCAUGGCGCCACCGGGCAGGGCAAUCCUGUUGCACUGGAUCAGCAUGGAUAUCGAGGAUGGCGACUGCAGCUACGACUAUGUUCAGGUCUUUGACGAGCUUAUUGCCACAGACAGUGAAGAGAAGAGUCCACUGAUUCGAGUCUGCGGUUAUGAAGUGCCAUCGGAUAUGGUGACUCAUGCCCGUCAGCUGACCAUUCAAUUUCAAUCGGACUUUGCGGAUACGGGCACAGGAUUCGAGCUGACCUAUCGGUUUGUCGAGCCCGAAACUUGCGGUGGUCACAUCCAUGCCACCACUGGCAUGCUCAACUCACCCCUGUAUCCGUUGAACUAUAGCAAUAGCUUGGACUGCAUCUGGCAGCUGAGUACACCACCCAGCACUCAAAUGGAGGUGCAGUUUGAGCUCUUCGAGCUGGAUAAUACGCCUGCAUGCACUGGCGAUUGGUUGGAGGUGAGAAAUGGGGGUAACAACAAUUCCGCCUUGCUUGGUCGCUUCUGUGGCACAUCCAUCCCACGACGCAUACCCAGUUUCACCCAUAAUCUAUACCUGCACUUCCACACGGAUGACGUGGGGAGUGCCCGCGGAUUUCGCCUUAACUGGCGCAUCUUUGCCAACGGCUGCGGCGGACAAUUGACGGGCAGAACGGGAGUCCUCACCUCACCCAAUUAUCCCAAUACGUAUCCCAACAAUAUAAACUGUGAAUGGAAACUGGACGUGCAUUACGGCUCCAAUCUUCGCAUCACCAUUGAGGAUUUGGAAAUGGAGAACUUGAACAACUGUUAUGAUCACCUCAGCAUUGAGACUGUCGAUUCACACAGUGGACUAAGCAACCCAUCGAGCUCCUCACUUUGCCGAAUGCCCGAGGGGACCAACAACGUGAUCAUCUUGGAUAGCAACAAGGCGAAAAUCAUGUUUCGAUCGGACAUUAACAUUGCAUUUCGUGGAUUCCGACUGUCGUAUGCCGCCGACUGUCAGGUCAAAUUGGAUGCCAAUCAGGGCAUCAUUGAGAGCCUCAACUAUGAGGAGUCCUUCUACGAGGGACCCAUCAACUGCAGCUGGCAGAUACGUGCUCCACGCGGCAAUCGCAUCCUCCUAGAGAUCUCGCACUUUGAUCGCCGCCUGGAGGCACAGCCCCAAGAUGCCGACGGUGGCCUCUACGUGAUCAAUGGCAAAUCUGUGAUACCCAUUGUGGGUCUAAGUGCUCCCAACAUAAGCGGAGAUCACGUGACAGUUGUGCAUAAUACGAGCAGUGUCAACUUCCGGUUGGAGUAUCGCGUCGAAGGUUGUCUCUAUGAGCUGCGGGGAGCGAGCGGUUCCUUUAGUUCCCUCAACUAUCCGAAAAUGUAUCCCAAUGACAUUGAGUGCUACUGGCAGAUCCAUGCACCGCUUGGAAACGUCAUUGAGCUGACCGUGCUGAACAUGGACAUCGAGGAAUCAGUUAACUGUACCAAGGACUCUCUAGUGAUCUCCAAUUCCAUGAGAGAGUCCUUCCCCACUGAGCGACACUGCGGCCACAAUAACAAGAUGGUCAUCACGAGCGCCGGUCACAAGCUGUACGUUAGCUUAAUUAGCGACAACUCGACGAAUGGACGCGGCUUUGAGGCCACCUAUCGUGUCCUAAGAAGCACAUGUGGAGGCAAGCUGAUGGCGAAGAGCGGCACCAUCCAGUCACCGGGCUAUCCCAGGUCAUAUCCAGCGAACAGCGAUUGUGAAUGGGUGCUGGAAGUGUCGCCGCAUCACACGAUCUUAUUCGAAAUUGAGGAUAUCGAAAUUGAGUCCGGUUACAAUUGUGCAUUUGACAAAAUAUCGGCACAUGAUCUGAGCAGCAGCUAUGAUAGCGAUGGCGAGGACAGCCAGGACGACACCGAGGCUGCCACCAUAUUUCAGGUGUGCACCGGAAUGUCCAUAGCCCGCAACGAGUCAACAACGAACCGAGCUCUGUUGCGCUUCGUUACCGACAACUCCAUCGAGCAUAGGGGCUUCCGGCUGCACUAUCAUGAGUCCUGUGGCCAGACUCUGUCCAUCGAUGAGACGGAAUUGCAGUACAUUACGAUAGCGCAUCAGGUGGCCCGAGCUGAGACCUGCGUUUGGGUGCUACGUGCCGCCGAUCCCACAAAGCACAUCAUUUUCACUCCCACCCAUGUCCAUUUGCACGCGGAGCUCUCGGCCAGCUAUGCCACUGAAGGUGACUGCCUGCCUCAUGGCAUUCAGAUCUAUGAGGGCGUUACGGCGACGGGAACAGCUCGCCAACAAUUCUGCCGAUCACAUCCAGCGUCUCUGAUCUCUCACGGCGACGCGUUGACCAUUAGUGUGCCCAUGUUGCUAGUCUCCGAGUUCGAGGGUCACUUCAUGACCAUGGAUUCGGUGUGUGGCAGCGCAUAUAAUGCACUCUCUGGCCGUUUCACCACACCCUAUUACCCCGCCAGCUAUCCGGUGAACAUCGAAUGCGAAUGGACGCUCAACGCAUCGGAUGGUAACUCGCUCUCGUUGACCAUCGAAUCGUUUGACCUGGAGCUCUCCGAUGGCUGCAACAACGAUUAUCUGGAAGUGCGCGAGGAGUCCUCCCGGGGCACACUCAUUGGGGUUUACUGUGGCACUCAGUUACCGCCGGCCAUCAAAUCCAAGGGUAGCAUCUGGAUGAAAUUCAAGAGCAAUGACGAUGUUGUCGGCGCGGGCUUUAUGGCCAGCUACAAUUACGAUCAUCACAACGAGCUGAACGGCACCGAGGGCAUCAUCCGGUCACCGCAUUAUCCGACUAAGCUGCAGAGCAACGAGAUCUACAGCUGGAGGAUUACCGUGGACUCGGACUAUGUGGUGCUGGUCAAUGUGGAGCAUCUGAUCGAUGUUGAUGUCCAGCAUAUUCACUUCUACGAUGGCUACACCAGCAUCGGCACUGAGCUGGUGCCCGAGCUGUCCAAGCCAUUGAUCUCCAAUACGAAUGUGAUGUACAUAACGGCGACACGAGGUCCCUUCAUGCUCAACUGGGAGCGUCUGUCCAAGGAGGCAUUGGAAUCCAAUCGCACCGCCGAGCUGCAGACGCGCAAAUGUGGACAUCAGCUGGUUAACGUCGCUCGGAUGAUCAGUUUCAGCUCACCGGGUUACCCCUCCGGCUAUGCUACGAAUCUGCACUGUGUCUGGGAUCUGGUGCCUGCUAAUCCGGCAAUGCAUGCGGUCCUUCAACUGACCACUGUGGAUCUGGAAGUAUUCAGCGAGGAGUGCCUUACGGACUACCUGCUUAUAUCGAGCAGCACGGACAUGCAGCAUUGGUCGCAGCUGGAAAAGACUUGCCGUCCGCUGAAUUCAACCAAGUCCUUCCAUGGUCAGCCGUAUCUGCGGAUUGAGUUUUUCACCGAUGCCAGUGUGAACAAGACGGGAUUCGAGAGCGCCAUUCGGACCGCCUGUGGCUCCGAGUUGAAGGCCAGCCAGGGUGUGGUCAACAUCACGGAGCUGAUUGGCAACGGUUACAUGUCGCCCCAAGAUUGCAUCUGGACGAUUCAUGUGCGGCGGGGCAAACGUAUACGGAUCACGUUCCUGGAGUCGCAGCUGAAACAAGGCGCUAGCACUGCGAAUACGGAUCAAUGUCGCAACUUCUUUGUGGUGCGCAAUGGCUAUGCCGAAGAUUCACCUUUCCUGGGACACGGCAAGUACUGUGAGAACAACAUUACCGAUGUGCUCGAGACCAGCUCGAAUCGGGCGUACAUUAAGUUCCAGCGAUCUGGAAUGCCACGCUUUCGUGCCGCCUUUAAGUACGAGGAGCUCGGUCACGCUUGCUCCGGCCAAAUAGAGCUCGAGGAGGGAUCGGGUAACUUCAGUAGUCGCGUGAUCAGCUCCCCGAACUUUCCCAAUCUACCCAAUCCGUAUUCCGAAUGCGUCUGGCGGAUCAAGGCUCCGUCUCAGCAUCGCAUUGCCGUCGAGUUCAUCAACAAAUUUGACCUAACUCCAAGCAGCUCCAACGGCAGCAACAGCAACUCCUCCGACAAUUGGGACGAUGGCUGCGAUCAGGAGUUUGUGCAGCUGAACGAUGGUAGCACUGAAUUGAUGCCUGCAUUGGGACGCUUCUGUGGCAACAGAAAACCAGACGUUAUCUACUCAAGCGGCAAUAACCUGAGGAUCAAGUUCUUUACGGGCAUAUUGGAGCCACGUUCCGGCUUCCAGGCAAUAGUUAAGCUGGCCGACUGCGGUGGCAGUUACUAUAGCACGAGUGGCAUUAUCAAUUCUCCAUAUUUUAAGGAUCUGCAGCUGCAUCUGCAGCCGCAGAAGAUCAAGGAGUGCGUCUAUACCAUUGAAAUGGAGAGGGGUAGCACAAUCUCCAUGUCUUUUGACUCGAUGCAUUUACCGAUGGAAGACGACAAUUGCUCCAGCUCCACACAUCUGCUGCUAGAGGAGAUGGAGCCAUUUGGGGAGGAUCUCCAAAGUCAGCGGAUCAGCGAUCGUCUUGUCGUCUGCGGCACUACCGAGCGUCACUUUCUCGUCGAGACGAACAAGAUUGUGAUGCGUCUGCGCAUGCCCAGCGGUCAGCUGGGUGAACAGGAGAGCUUCCAGUUGCGCUACUCAGCCAUCAGCUCCCGGUGUGGAGAGACCAUCACUGCCAAUCAGGGUGUGCUACAAACACCGAACUAUCCGGCGGGUGUGCCCAAGCCGACACACUGCAUAUGGCGCAUCCAAGUGCCGAAGGGGAGUCGGGUGAAGGUCGAGAUACUUGACUUUGAUACUGGCGGCUCAGCUUCAUCGUUCCAGGGACGUCUUUCGUUUGCCAACGAUCACAAGAUGCUCUCGUUGAUCGGUCGUUAUUUACGCGAUCCGCCCGCUGAGAUCAUCUCCACCGAUAACACAAUGGGCAUUGAUGCUUUCCUCAUGCCCUUUAGCCAACAUCGUGGCUUCAAGCUGCGAUUCACCGCCUACGGCAGCAGCGAGUGCCUUGCCAAUCAGUUAUCCGUCGGAUAUAUCGUAUCCACCUAUCGAAUGGACCUCAAUGACUCCAAUGACUCCAAUAACUCCAGUCUUGUCUACUGCAACUACCAGCUGCGUCCACCCCAGAACAGGACCCUGUUGAUCCAGGUGCUUAACUACACCACCACAUCCGCUCUAAUGAAUAACGUGCACGUCUGUAGCGUGCUCACGCCCCUGAAACUGAUACGACCGGACAAAUCGGAGCCGCUAUUGCCGCGACUUAUGUGCCCAGGUACUACGAAGAGUCGUGUCCUAUUGCCAUUCGCCGUCGAUAUGACUGUAUCGGGUACGCGACGGAACGCAAUGAAGCUCCUGCAGAUCAGCUUCAGUACUCAGAAGUGCGGUGGUGUGUGGCCACUGGAGCCGGGUGACAAUAUGACCAUUACUCAGCCAGGUCCGCUGGACACGGAUAGGGCCAUUGAUUGCGCCUGGGCUGUGGGACCCGGCUCCACGGUCGAGGAUUACCUUGCACCCGACGACGUUCAGCUGGAGGUGUCGGUGAGUGCAAAUCUAACCGGCAACUGUGAGGAUCACUAUCUAUUGGUCUAUAAUGGACCUGACCAGAACUCCCCCCUGAUGGGUAGGUACUGCAACCAGGUGACCGAACUCAAUAAGGUCGUUGAGCGUGGUUUGUUUGUGGAGUACCAUGCGGAGACGACAGCUGAUCCCAAGCACAACUCCACCUUCAAUGUGACCGUCAAGUACGGCAGUGGUUGUGGCGGACGUCUGUCGUAUCCGUAUCGACAAAUCGAGUUCACUGAACAGUACAAGAACAAUGUGGAGUGCAUCUGGGAGAUUGAGGCGGGCGCGGGCUUCCAUGUGGGCUUGUCAUUCGUGGGCCGGUUCUACAUUGAGAACAGCAAUGCCUGCACCAAGGACUAUCUGCGUGUCCAGCAGCUGAUGGAGAACACCAGCAACGGCACCGCCACCGCCACCGCCACGUGGACUGAUCUGCAGACAAUCUGCGGUCGAGAGCCUCCCAAUCACAUCAACUCGACCAGCUCGACAAUGAGGCUGAUCUUCCGCUCGGACGGGAACAUCACAGGCGAUGGCUUCAUCGCACACUUCGAGCGCAAUUGCGGCGGCAUCCUCUAUGCCGAUCCAGAGCCACAGACACUGAGUAGUCCCGGUUAUCCCGUCAGCUAUGAGAAGAAUCUUUAUUGCAACUACACGUUCGUGCCACGUGCUACACGCUCAACGGGCGUCCUGAUUAGCUUCACCACCUUCGAUCUGGAACGAUCCCCGAUCAAUUCCUGCAUGUUCGACAACGUGACCAUCACGACUCGGGAUAACAAUGACAGGGAGCAGACGUCAGUGCUGUGCGGAAUUAAACGACGUCACGCCUAUCGCGCCCAGCAAUCGAUUAGUCUGCUCCUGAGAACGGACAGCACCUUCAGUGGCAUAGGCUUCGAACUGGAGUACAGCACGCGUCUCUGUGGAGGCGUUGUUAAUGCCACACAGGUGGUGGAGUCGCCGCGACAGCAUCAGGACGAUCAAAUGCCCCACAACACUGACUGCUAUUGGAAUCUAACCGCACCCGAAGGUCACAAGUUUACCAUCAAGUUUGAGCUGUUGGACCUGGAGGCUGGCAGUGAGGAUUGCAGAUACGAUGGCAUCGAGGUGUUUGCCAGCCCCGUGCCGGAUACGAAACAGCGUCUAGCCCGUUUCUGUGGUCGCCUCAGCCGCGAACUGCCCAUCCUGCAUGUGUCCACCAAUCGUGCCCUGAUCCAUAGCUUUUCCGAUGACUCACAAGCCUCGAAUGGCUUCAAGGCAAUCGUGCGAAUUCUUCCCAAUUGUGAUGAGCGCAUUGUGCUUGGCGAACAGAACUCCAGCUAUACCUUCAACAAGUAUGUCGGACAGUAUGCCAAUGACUUGGACUGCAGUUUUGUCUUUAUCGCCCCGGCCGGUUAUCAUUUGAGCGUGGAGUUCCGCAGCUUCCAUGUGGAGGGGUCCAGCAAUUGUUCGGCGGACUUUUUGGAAUUCCGGGACGGAGCCGGUCCCUUUGCCGAUGAUAUUGGCACAUUCUGUGGACAGGAUUUACCACCGAAGCUAACCUCCUCUCGGCACACGUUCUUUAUGCGAUUCGUCACCAAUGACAGGAUCACAGACACCGGAUUCGAGUUAGUGGUCACUGCCAAACCCAUGACUUGUGGCAAUCAAUUGAUCAAGCUCGAUGGAAGGCAGCCAUUAGAACUGCAUUCGCCGGUCAAUGAUCAGGGCCACUACGACAACAAUGUCUUCUGUCUCUGGAAGAUUGAAAGCGAAGUGCAGCUCCAUCUGCAGUUCCUCAGUCUCGACUUGGAGGGACCCGAUGCCAAUGGCAGCUGCCAGGCCGACUAUCUUAAACUCUACAACAGCGAGAGUGCAGUGCAGUUGGAAGCGGGCUACGGCAGCCAUGUGGUCUACAAUGGCAAACGAGAAUCUAGUUUUGGUUCAUCAGACUAUGCGACGGAGCACAUUUAUUGUGGCACAGGAAUGCCGGAUGAUUACUAUCCAAACUCGGAAAAGAUGUACGUCAAGUUCCGCAGCAAUGGAGCUGUGACCAAGACCGGAUUCCGGUUGCGUGUGGUGCCCAAUUCUGGAUGCCAGCACAACUAUGGCGGAGUACAGGGUCGGGUGAAGUUCUCUGGCACCGCCGAUUGCGAUGUGUAUAUUGUGGCACCUCCAAAUUAUUUGCUGAGUCUCUAUUAUGCGGAAGUAUCGCUGCCAUCCCUCAAUUGCGAUGAGGAGUAUGUGGAAGCCUUUGACAAGGCGACAAACAAAUCACUGCAGCGUCUCUGCAGCUAUUUGGAGCCUGGCAAGAGCCUCUUCACCCAGACCAACGAGCUGCGGUUGCACUUCAAGACGGGCAGCAUCUACAGCACCUUCGAUAUGACAUAUAUCGCCAGCAAGGUGGAGGCCGGACCUGGAUGCGGUGGCGAGAUCUACAACACCGAGGGCCUCUUCACAAAUCCCUUCUAUCCGAUGAAUGUGCGCAAUUAUUCCGAAUGCCGUUGGACUGUCCGAGUGCCGAGCAACACUCGGGUGUUGCUUCAUUUCAUUGAAUUUUCGCUGGGCUCAAAGGCCACUUGCCAUACGGACUACCUGCAGUUCCUAGAGGAAAACGAUGCCGGGGAGGCACAGGAGGUGCGACGCUUCUGCGGCGGCGAUACACCCCGGGUCUAUCUAAGCAAACGCAGCAAGUUGGUGUUGAACUUCCACAAGACGGUCAACUACGAUGGCAUCGGUUGGGUGGUCAAGUUCGUAGGUGUCUCUAACAACUAUGAGAUACCACAAUAUAUGUACGAUUUCUAAUGAUAGAACAUUAUUUCAAUUUCAAUUUAUCCCAUGACAACAUUCAAAACAAUUUCUUUUAU